AUGCAGCAGCCGUUUGUGACAGAGGCCUCAGUCGCUGACUGGAACGACAGCAAGAAGCAAGAGUUUGUGACCCACGUCUCGGGGAAAGUCUCGGCUGUGCGAGACGCGUCGGAGUCAGACAUGAUUCUUCACCGUGAGCUGUAUGAGCUGCUGCAGAUGGGAAUGAUCGGGAAACUUCCCCAUGACAAGCUGGCUGAAUGCCUGAGUGCGCUGGGUGAGAAAGUAUCCAAGACAGUGAUCGAGGAGAGCAUUUGUGAUGUGCUCUGGUUGGUGGGGGAAGAGGCGGUAGAGCUGAAGGAGUCGAAGCCUGAACUGAAGAACAGCCUUGCUUCCAUCGCGAAUCAGAUCCUGUCGCACAAGGUGGCUGAUGCGGACUUGGUGAAGGAGAGGGUGUCUGAGGAAGUGCUGCAAGAGAUGGCUUUGAUUAGGAGCGCGGCGGAUGCCAAGGCAAGGUUGCAGAGGUUGAGGACUGGGAAGGUAUACAGCCAACAGAAGUUCAACCUGAUGCGGGAGGAGAGCGAGGGGUACGCCAAGUUGAUCGUUGACUUGGAGCAAGGGUGGGCGCUGAGCGCGGACAACGUUGAACGUGUGGCGAACAACAUCCAGUCAUUGAUAGCAUACUUCAAUCUUGACCCCAACAGGGUGUUGGAUAUCAUCCUCGACUGUUUUGAGAGCUGUUUGAAUCAGCCCUGUUACUUUAUUCUGAUCAAGAAGUUCAGUGCGACGUCGCUGAUUCAAGUGCUGGGGUUCAAGUUUCAUGGCCAUGUCAAGGCUGGGACGAAGCCGCCGAGCUCCCUGUUCGAGCUAGUGGCGACGCUGUGCAAGAACAAUGUGAUUCUUGUCAGUGACAUCUACCCUUACCUGUCCGCUGAAGACGAGGCUAUCAAGACUUCAUUUGAAGAGCACUGCGACAAAGUAGUGGAGCAGGUUCGAAAGAUGAGAGUUUUCAGUUUGAGCAAGAUGGAAGAGGGGCAGAAGGGAGAGGAAUCGCCGUAUGAUCCUGCGCCGCACGCUCAGGGUGGCGAGGAGAAUCAAAAGCUGGUGCUCACAGCUGCGUUCCUCGACGUUGGAGACUGGAGAUCAGCUUCUUACAUGCUCGACGUGCUCAGCGCUGUCCUCCCAACGAGCUAUCCCCCAGUGGCCAAGUCCUUGUGCAAGCUGAUUCAUCGCAUGAUCGACCCCUUGUACAGGAGCGUGAUCGAGUCCUCCAACCUGCUGGGGCUGCUGUACAAGUCGCCCAAGAUGGAGCAGUGCACUCUCUCGGAAGGGAUCCCGGUGAUAGCCGAGUUCUGUGACCUGGAGAGACUCAUGCCCUUCCUCCGGCACCUCUCGAUCUACCUGCACGAAGACGUCGUCCUGCUCGUGAAGCUCUGCCGCAUCGUGAAGGAAUGCAUCAAGUCACACGACUGCAGACCCCCGGAGUUCGUGAAGGAGAUCCUCCUCAACUUCAUGGGAGUCCUCGCGCUGCUCCCUGCCAAUGCGGCCGUCGCGAGCGACAUGUGGGAGUGUAUCAAGCUGUUCCCUUACCUCGACAGGUACUGGAUCUACUCAGAGAUGCACUGGCAGCUCUACUUCCAGCACCCGCAGCUUCUCGUCGCCAGGGCGAACGCGAAGGAGGAGAUGCGCAAGCUCUUGAAGGGCCUCACCAAGGAGAACGUCUCGAAGCAGCGCAGGCACUUGGCAAGGAUCUGCCACAGCAACCCGCUCGUCGUGAUGGAGGUUGUUCUUGAUCAGAUCCAGGAGUACGAGAGCAUGAUUGACGUCUGCAAAGACGCGUUGGGCUACUGCGGGAGCCUCGCCCUGGACAUUCUCAGCUAUCUUAUCGUGGAAGAGCUUGGAGGAGCACUUUAUAUCUCCAAACCCUUCCUGCAGGACGAUUGUGCCAACCUGGCUCGCUGGCUCCUGAACUUCUCGUCGUUCCUCUCCGAUGUCUACCUCAAGUACCCCAGGAUGGAGAUGAAGGGACUCUUGCAGCACAUCUUCAACCGGCUGCAGAAGGAUAGCUUGGGCGAGCUUCAGAUCCUGAGAGAUCUGGUAGCGAAGAUGGCUGGGAUCAAAUUCGACGUGGCUACGAUUUCGUCUGAAGACAUAGACAGCAGGAGCGGCGGGGAGAGGCUCCGGCUCGCUUCGGAAUACCCUUGGCCGACCGAGGUCCUCUUCGACCGUGCGGAGGCGGCAGGAGACAUGGGGAUAGGCAAGCUGGGAGGCGCCGCAAAGAUCAAGGCAUACCAAGCGGCGCAGAAGGAGAGGAGCGAAGCUUGCAAGUGGCUCAUUAACUCCCUCCAGGAGAGCAAGCUGACGGUGCCGCUGCUGGUGCUGAUCGCCCAGCAGACCUCCGGCUGCCUAUUCACCGCCGAGGCGAUCAAACAGGACAAGAUCAGGUUCUCGUCCUGGCUGCACGUGCAGUGUCAGGAGACCCUCCUGGUGUACGCUGACUUCCUGUGGCGCCGCGUCCCCACCAAGGACAUUGUCGGGCUGCUCCCUGGCCCUAUGGACCUGAUCAACCAGCUGCAGAUGGAGCCUGCUCUUGCUCUUUUCCUCCUCAGACCAGCGCUGAAGGGCUCGGACACCGCAUCCGUCCUCGACCUCUCCCUCCACGCCAAGGAGAUCCUCAGCAGCAUGCCCAGCAACCUGAAGCAGUCGUCCCCGGCGCUGUUCACCACCUUCUGGUCGCUCACGCUCAACGACAUCUCCGUGCCCGUGGAGACUUACGAGAAUCACGAGCGACGGUUGAAGAAGGCGCUGGCUGACCUGGAGGAGACGGACCGGCUGGACCCCAAGGCGAAGGACAAGGACAUCAAGAAGUGGAAGGAGAACAUCACCUUGGAUCUCGACAAGCUGGAGAAGGAGCGGAAGAAGCAGGUGGACAACAACAAGAAGGUCAUGACAAGAAUCACAGAGGACAAGGACGCGCUUGUGGAGAAGGACAAGUCGUACAAGGCGAUCCCCUGCUUCUUCCUCCAAACUUGCGUGUUCCCGAGGUGUGUCCAGUCGCCCGAGGACGCGGUCUUCUGCGCUCGAUUCAUCCAUCUCCUCCACAAGAUCAAGACGCCGAACCUCUCCACCAUUCUCAUCUACAACAUGAUCAUCACCACCUUUGGCCCAAUGGUGUUCUCCCGCACGGAGCAGGAGGCGAAGCACUUUGGCAAGUUCCUGUCGGAGACACUUCAGAUGCUCAACCGCUGGGCGUCUACGGAGGAAGUCUUCAAGAAGGAGUGCGAGAACUUCCCAGGCUUCACCAACGUCAGCCAGAAACCCACCAAACCCGAGAAGAUCGCCUUCAGCUCGUUCCAGCAGUGCUUGCGCAACUGGCACAAGCAGCUUUCCAAGGCCUUCACGACGUGCCUGGAGUCGUCGGAGGGGACGGAGGUUCACAACGCGCUGACGAUCCUUUCGGAGCUGGUGGGAAGCACGUUCCCAGUGUACGACACGUUCCAUGCAGAGGUGAAGCAGAGGGUGCAGAAGCUGAUAGGAGAGGAGCAGCAGUUUGGGCAGUCCAUCGUAGUGAUGGCUCGUUCUGUGAACGCUCGGCUGCAGGCGUGCGAAUCCAAGAUGCUGAAGCUCCCGUCCAAGGGGAAGAGGAAGGAAGCUCCUGAGAAAGACAAGGAUGCCGAGAAGAAGCCCAAGGUGGACAAGGGCGGGGCGGCGCCUCCGGCCAAAGAUGUCAAGCAGGAGCCUGUGAGGAGGGUGGAGAAGCAGGAGGAGGACAAGAAGGAUGUCAAGCGGGACAGCGAGCAGGACAACAGGAAGAGGAACCGAGCGGAGGACGAGGGUGCCAAGGUGCACGCCGGGAAGGAGGAAGAUCCAAGGGCCGUCAGGGCAAAGAAGGAGGUGGGCCAUUCCUCCAAGAAGGAGGGGUCCGUCUCUAGCCAGUCCAAGUCGUCGAUGGACGGGAGGGAUGGGGAGGGCGGGAGGGCGCGCGACGGGAAGGAGGAGGACAGGCCGUCGCACCUGGACGAGAGGAAGGAGAUGAAGAAGGAGGAGCCCCGCGUGGACACGCACAAGGGCAGGAAGGAGGUUGACGUUCGCGAUCUCGGUAAGGAUCGAGAUGGGAGGGACAUGGGGCGUGGGGACGGCCCACCGCGGGGGGCGCCCUCCAACAUCCGGGACGACCCGCAGGGGCAGUCGAGGAUGGGAGGUCGACUUGGUUCCCCGAGCAGGGAGAUCAAGGGCAGGGCAGACCUGGAUGACAAGCGUGACAUCAAGAGGCUGAGGAGGGAGGAGGACAAGGACCGCCAUCUCCCUCCUGCGCACCCGAUGGACAUGCGGCUCGACCCGCGCGACUCUGGGAGGAUGAUGGUUAACGAACGACCUGGACCGGGAGGGAUGCGGAUGGGGGGACCUCCCAUGGACAGAAUGGAGCCUCCGGGAAGCCGCGGGGGGAACUUUGUCGACAUGAGGGACAGGAGGGAGAGGCCGCGGCCUGGUGGCCCUCCUGGGCCGGGAGGGUCCAACAUGUCAGGAGGCAACGGGAUGCGCGGCCGGUAG